AUGCCGUUGGUGAAGCGCAAUAUCGAGCCCCGCCAUCUUUGCCGGGGGGCCCUUCCUGAUGGGGUGACCAGCGAGUUGGAGUGUGUGACCAACAGCACUCUGGCUGCCAUCAUUAAACAGUUGGGAAGCCUCAGUAAAGACGAUAAGAAAGAUGGCUUAAAAUUCUAUACGGACCCGUCGUAUUUCUUUAACUUGUGGAAAGAGAAGAUGUUGCAAGCCACAGAAGACAAGAGGAAAGAGAAACGCAGGCAGAAGGAGCAGCGACUGGUUGAGGAUUCCACCCGGGAGGUGAAGAAAGUGCGGAAGGCGCGCAACCGGCGGCUGGAGUGGAACAUGAUGGCUUACGAUAAAGAAUUCCGGCCAGAUAACAGGUUCUCACCAUCCCCAUAUCACAUGGCUUCAUCGGAAGGAUCACUGUCCCCAGAUAAUAGAUCUUACGCCUCCGAUGUAGCUGAUCAUUCCUACCCAGCCAGUCCUAACCAUCCUGGCCAACAGAUGAUGGCUCCAGCCACACAUCUGGCCCCCGAGAACAAAGAGGUGGUGCUGGUGGCCACCCAGGUCCAGGAUCAGAUCUUCAGGCCUUCAGCAGUGGGAAGCCGGCAGAACAGCCUCAACCGGGUACAGCAGCCCCAUGUGCCACAGCCAUCCGAGACCAUGUUAAAUGGACCACGACCUCAGAUAAUCAAGGACUAUGGUCCUCAACCAGUGCCAAUGGCGGACUACUUUGUGCCACCUGCUCCUCCGCCGCCACCCCCAGUCAUCCCUUCCGCUCAAACUGCCUUCGACAGCCCCAUCUCCGCCCCUUCGGCCAUGGCACCAAACGCUGCCCCUUCCGUUAGCCAUGCCACCUACGCGCCUACCCCUCCCCCUGCCAUGCCCUGCCCCUACUCUGCCUCUCCCCCCCAGGCUGGCCCCAUGGGACCUCCUGUUGCCCCUCCCCCUCCGCCCCCUGGACCCCCCACUAUCUCGGCCUCCCCUGCACACUCAGCCUCCCCGCCUGCCCUGACGGUGGAUUCCCGGAAGCAGCAGCCGCCGGUGCCCCUGAUCCCCAUGACCGAUGCCAGGAGUGACCUGCUUGCUGCCAUCCGCCGGGGAAUCCAGCUGCGCAAAGUCCAGGAGCAAUGGGAACAGGAAGCCAAGAAGGAGCCGGUGGGGAACGACGUGGCCACGAUCCUCUCCCGAAGGAUUGCGGUGGAAUACAGCGAAUCCGACGACGAUUCGGAGUUGGAUGAGAACGAGUGGUCCGAUUAA